CCUAACCAGCCAUGGAUAUGCCCUCCCAUCGUUGGGUAAAGGUUCCCAUCGUUGGGUAAGGUCAUUCUGCCUUGUGGAAAUGUUGGACUAAGGCUUAAACAGCGAUGGGUAGAACUUCCCAUCGCUAUUUGGCAUGGUUCUGGAAAUCAGUUGGGCUGAAGGCUGCUUACCAUCGCUGGAGUAUCGGCUAUGGAUUGCAAAGAGGCCUUGGCGGGAGCGGGGGCUGGUGCACGACUUGGGCCUGCGCCGUCCCGGUCUCCGGACUUCUUCCGGAAGGUGCUGUCUUGAAUUAUCCAAAUCUUUGUCAUCUUCGUAUCCGGGCCGGCGAUGGAGAUGUCGGCGGAGAUGAUGAGGUCCAUGACGAGGAAGGCGUAUGGCAAGCUCCGCUCAGUGGCGAUGGAGGCGCAAUCCGCCAUGUGGAUCAUCACGAAUUUCGCCCAAUUGAUGGAGGCGCCGUGGAUGAUGGCAUGAAUCGCCUUCAAGUCCUCGUUGAAGAGCGAGGUAUGGCUGCUGUCCCGGGGGCGGAGAAUCCGGGUGAUGAUGUAGAGGAGGAGGCGCUUGUCCGGUGGGGCCGAGUGAAUCGUCGGUGCGCCGCUGUGGCGGAUGAGGUUGGUGAUCCCAAGCUCUCGGAUGACCACCGCCUCGUUUUUGAGGAUCCAAUCAUCGCCGCCAUACGUUGCGAUGUCGUCACCGCGGAUGGGCAGCCCUGCGACCCGAGCAAAGGUAGGCAAAUCAAUCUCUAUGUCGUAGAGAUUGAUGCUGCUGCGAAUGGUGUCCCCGUCACGGCGGAGAUUAGAGUAGAAAGCCCGGACGAAGGCGGGAUUGAAGCUCGAGCGGCUCUUGGAGACGAAUGGCCACAAACCCGACGCUUGGAGUUGGUUGUCGAGGUCGUGGUACCCUUUGUCUUGGGGAAACAACUCCGGGAGCACGCGAGGUGGAGAGAUCGGGCGCUUGGCAAAGUGAGUGAGGAAGCGUGUUAGUUCUUCCUCCUACUCGAACUCAAGAAAUGAUCCGUCCAAAUAUGGGAACGGAGGAGGCGCGGAACUUGAGGGUUCGGCGGUGCUUUUCUUCUUGGAAGCCUUAGACUUUGAUCUUCCUCCGGCCAUGAUUGAGGCGUUUUUGAAGAAAGAUUGAAGAAAUAAGUGGUAUAGGC